GUAAAGCCAACCUAAGUUCCGACAGUAGGCCGAGUGGCGUUGAACUGUCUCAGGACUCGGAUGGCUGCAAGCAGACGCCGUCCUUUAACUCCGGUUGUUCACCAGGAUUCGGCCGCGCAUCCUUACCUGUCGCACCAUGGAGGCGAACCGAUUCCCGGCUCAGGUCACUCCUAGUAGCGGCUGUCGACGGCGGUCGCAGCACGCCUCCUUCACCCAUCCCAGGCGCUGAGCCUUCCGAACCGCCAUGCAGCGCACCCCAACCUCAGGCCGGUGCGGAAGCAGCAUCUGGCAUGUUGUCCCUUCCAGAGGAACGGGCCCUCUGUGCCAACGCCCUUUCCGCACCCCUCACAGCCAACGAACCCAAAGCAGCCCAAAAGCGCGGCCUCAACCUCUCAGCCGCGCGCGCCCUGCAAUUGCGCUCCCCCAAGAUGCCGCCGGAAGGUGCACGGCCGGGGGACGACGCUGCUACAACCGACAACAACUACAACAGUGCUACAGCCAGGCAGCAGCCGGUGGCUGGGAUGCAGGGUGUAGCGGCGCGUUCGCUGGGCGCGGCACCUUCAUGGUACGGAGAAGCCGUACCGUCGAAGUUCCGGAAGGAGAUCCCUACCAACCUUGCAGCCGCAGCCGCUGCUGCUGCUACAUCUGCAAAGGCCGGGAAAUCCGCCGCAGCAGGAGCCACUGCCGCCGCAGCUGCAGCCGCAGCAGCAGCGCAGGCGCCAGCCCCGGUUGCGUGUUCUGCAGAAGGGCCUCUAACCCCGGUGACGUCAGAGGCCACUCGGAGAGUGGCAGCUCCCGUGGAGGCAGCGGCGGAGCCGACAGCAGCAGCGCCGGCAGCAGGAACAGUGGCAACAGAGGUAGUGCAGGCAGCGGAGGCGGAGGUGGCUGCAGAUGCGGCGGCGCUCGCUCUGGAGCCGCUACCUGAACCUCAACCGGAGGAGGCCCUCCGGGAGGCGGCUGCAGAGCGGGCAGUUGCAUCCACGGCAGCAUCCUUCGCUUCAACCUCAGCAACAGCUGCACCCGCGAAUUCUUCUGGGCAGACGCCAGCAGCAGCAGCUCCCCAAGCAUCCUCAGCAGCGGCUAUUGGAAGCUGUAAGGACGCGGCAGGAGUGGCAGCAGUAGCAAAGCUGCAGGCAGUAGCAGCACCCACACCCACGCCCCCAGCAACAGCACCCGCAGCACCCCCAGCAGCCGCACCCCCAGCCCCCGCCCGGGCCCAGGCAGCCUCCGUUCCCUCUGGCCUGCCCGCCACCAUCCUCCUGGCGGUUAGCCCGGGCACACCCCCGGCCAUGAUGCGCCCCUCCUGGUCCCUGGGUGACUACUUUGUGGAGCGGCGGCUCUACAAGUCCAGCACGUCCUCGGUGUACGCCGCGGUGUGCCUGCGCUCCGGUCACCCCGUGGCGCUCAAGGUGUACAACCUGAACCGGGUACCCGCCAACGUGGCGCACAUGCUGAUGCGUGAAAUUGAGAUCCAAUCGUCGGUUGUCCAUGAGAACAUCACAUUGCUGUACGCCGCUUUCCAGGACGUUGCGGCCGCCCGGCUGGUGCUGGUGCAGGAGUUCGCAUCGCAGGGAGACCUCCACGAUGUGCACAGGGCCCUGGGUUGUCGGAUGAGCGAGGACCAGGCGCGAGUGCUGGUGCUGCGGCCGCUGCUGAACGCGGUCGCACAUUUGCACGCGGAGCAAAUCAUCCACCGCGACAUCAAGCCCGAAAACAUCUUGUUCCGCAACGACUGGCGGCUCAUGCUCGCGGACUUUGGCGUCGCAAUCAACAUCGGCGCGGAGCGAGCCGUAACACGAGCGGGUACCGUGGGCUACAUGGCCCCGGAGGUGGAGCGCUGCCCCAUCAAGGACCGCCCCGAGGACAACAAACACGACAUGGGUCUGUCGUACACUACUGCUGCGGACAUUUGGGCAAUCGGCUGCCUGGCCUACACGCUCCUGCUCGGGUUCUCGCCGUACAUUGCGGGCAGCCACGCCUCUCACGGCUGUAGCAUGGUGUUCAGCUUCCCAAGUACGACAUCCCCGCAAGCACGUGACUUCAUCACCAGUGCUCUCGCAGAGCGGCCCGAGGACCGUCCUACAGCCAUGCAGCUCCGAAAGCAUGCCUGGAUUUGCUCUUGAGCUCCUUUUUAUUAAAAGGAAAACACUAGCCUGGAUUUGCUGUUGAGCUGUUGGGGCCAUGUUCUCCCUAAAAUCCUAACAUCCCCAUUAGCAGCAGUCCGGUCUUGACGUGAUCGUCAUGAAGAAGGGAGCUUGGCAAGCGUGCGGCCGCCGUGGCGAUCACAGCACGUACUGCUACCGAAGAUUCGUGUACCUGUUUUUGAUGUUGCAAUUUAUUGUGGUCCGUGCUUGUUGGUCCUGAGACUGGUGUAAGGUUCCUUGAUUUGAAGAUCAACUUUUGAAGGUCUUGGAAGAUCGCGGAACGGUGUGGGAGUGAUGAGCCCUUCAUUGUACACGCCCCAUCUUGUUUGCUGCAUCCGAAUUUUCCAUGUGUUUGGUGAACACGUUAUUGAGUAUGACACGUCACUGACCACGGCACUUGUUAACUGCGUAGCUAGUAGUCCCUUACAUACACUGCUCCUUGUGUAUGCGACCGCGUUUUUUCUGCUUGUACGGCCGUGAUUUGCAGCAGUGUUACUCUUGCAAAGCGGCUGUGAUGAUUGAAGGUUCACCUCACCGGUGACCUAGGUGCCAAUUGUGCACACGAUCUGUGAUUUGGAGAUUAGGGUUGCGACAAGUGUGUUGGAGGCGGGUAUGGCAAAUGUGGUUUGCGCGUGUGUGUAUUGACGGUGUGUCAACGGUCAACGGAGUCCCGCCUCUCCCCGCCGCAGCCCUGAUCCCUGCAGUGCUCGAAGCAUUCUAAUUGGUAGUCUGCUUACCUUUCCGGGCAUGUGCCCGGCAAAUCGGUUUGCCUUGGUAUGAUGGUAUGUCGACUGGUACUUGGUUAUUUGACUGGGUGUGGUUUUUGUUGCCACUCACAUAGCCCCUUUUCCUGUGUCAUUGCCUUUCAAGUGCAAUUUAGUACAGAUAUUUAACGCGUGCCCACGUUUGGAGGUCUUUUAUGCGUGCACAAACCUGUGUGCGAAAACGCAUGUUUUGUUUGGUGUGACACGCUUCUUGUUCACUGAUUUGUUAUUAUUAGCAGGUUGUGAUGUAAUCCCAGGGCGGAAGAGGUCUCAUGGGGUUUCUGGACUGGGUUCCUCGCUAGAAACGCGGAUGUGUGUGCCUCACGUCUGCGCUGCUGCCGAGCCCGCCGAAGACUUGGAGAACAGAUGGGUACGACAAAGGUGACAGUACGGCAGGCUUACGGGCUACAUUCGUCCGUACACCCGCCCCCGUACGUGACGCGGGCACGGCGUUUUAUGUUUGCGAGUACUAAUGUCGUAGUUUGUGGGGGUCCACAUGUGUGGAUGUUUUGUACGUAUGUCCUAUGUGCGUUGGGUAUGUGUGUUGGACUUUCUACUACCUUUUUAAGUAGGAAGGGUCGCAGCAGGUUGGCAGGUGACGGAGAAGUUGAGGAAGGGCCGAAGGGAGAUUUAUGUAAAAUAGUGUGACUGACGGAAUGAGCGGAACGAGCCAAGCUAGGCCCCAACGUUACUCUGUCCAACCUUCCGGUACCCUAAAGGCCCC